AUGUCGAGAGCCAUGGAUGAUGAUGACGAUGACGUAUUCGGAGGUAUUUAUGAAAAUGGACACUGGAUUUGGGAUGAUAAAGUGAAUGCACUUGUGUUCAAAAGUGACUUGCCCGAGGAACCACCAGACGCUCCACAAUUGGCAACUGCUAUCCUUGGCUCAGUGGAGUUCAGGGAAGAUAUCGACAUUAAUGAACAAAAUCGAUUCAGAAAACGUAUGCAGCGGAAGCCCGAACCCAACGAUGUAGUUACUCUUCAGGAUAUAAAAGAUGUAGUCCUGUUCACUGCUCCAAUCAAAAUAUUAAAACCAUAUUUGAUAAACCUAUUGCACAUGACGGGUACCGAGCGAAUACUUCGAGCUCUCAUUUUCUUGUGUCAAUACCAUUUGCAGACUUCGGAAACAAUGAACAAUCGUACGAUUGAACUCUUAUCAAGAAUUCGAACGGACAGAAGCGAAAUAGUAGAAAUGCGUUACAUGGAAAAUUUAGAGGACCUACGCUUACUUGUAGCUAAAGAAUAUUCGAACAUGAUAAAUGGUUCUGGCGAAUUCGGAAAAUUCCAUCACAUGGGCCCAUCUAAAAAGAUGCGAUCCAUGAAUAGACGAGAGAGCUUCUUGUUUGAGACCUUCCUACGACUCAGCAUACAGAUCAUUUGGAUAGCACUGGGCAGAAAAUCGUUCAACGAAAUUGAAUUGGAAGUCCAUAGAAUAUUUAAGUCGAAUUUAUUCAAUUCGGCGGAACAUAAACUGACUGCUGAGAAUAAAAAAGCCGAGAUCACCCCUCAUGAACGCAAAGUGUUGAUGGGUCACUGUAUACGUAAGAAGCAUAAAGUGGACAUGCUGUCACCUCUGAUGAAUGAGGUGCACUGUAGCAAGCGGAAUAUUGACCACCGUAUGUUCGGCCUUGGUAUUGUCAAGUAUCCUCGUUUAAGUUCUCGCCUGACUUACAUGGAAUGUGCUUUAUCACUGCCGGAAAACUUGUUGCAACCCAGCCAAAUCUCAUUGGGGAUACUAGGGUUGCCAAGAUCACGGUUCGAUAUUUUAUUGAGAGAACUGUGUGGAGAAGCUGAAUCCAGCAGUGGCAACCUUAAUAAAUCGAGUUCUAGAAGUACAAAAAGUGCAACUUCUCGAAAGAAAUCAACUCUGGAGCAGGUGCCAAUGUACAGCAGCAUUGAGUUACCUCCUAGGGGCGCUGAUGAAUACUGCAGGAACAAAGUCUUUGAUGUCAAAACUGCAUUCUUAUAUGGUGAUGUCAAAGAAGACAUUUAUAUGACACCACCUGAAGGUUUGGAUACUGAUUCUAAUAUGUCAAAAUAUAUUGAAAGACUAUUGUAUAAAUUUAACAUGCAAGAUGCUAACUGCAAUAAUAUUCCAGUAGAUCCACAUACUACACUGGAGAAGAGUACCGAGUCUGUGGAUAAGAAUAUUCCGUACCGAGAGGCAGUUGGAUCACUGAUGCAUUUGGCUGUGGUAAGCAGACCUGACAUCAUGUAUGGAGUUAGUCUGAAAAAUGAAAUUGAAGCUUUCAGUGAUGCAGAUUAUGCUAAAGACACUACCACUAGAAAGUCAUUAACUGGAUCGAGUUCUAGAAGUACAAAAAGUGCAACUUCUCGAAAGAAAUCAACUCUGGAGCAGGUGCCAAUGUACAGCAGCAUUGAGUUACCUCCUAGGGGCGCUGAUGAUGAAUUACCGAGUGAGUUCCCGACAGAAUCGUAUCCUCGAAAGCCUUGUGAUGACAAACAGCGAAGGAAAUGGCUCCGAAGGUACCUAAGGAUUGUGAACAAGUAUCGUACACAUAACUCGAGAUAA